CUACCGGACACACCACACCGCAGGAGUGCAGAGAGAGAGAGAGAGAGGGAGAGGGAGAGAGUGCACAACUUCACCUAGCAGCCGUCAGUGUAGACUCGUAACCGUAGUUACCCUUUUACCAAAAAAAGGGAAAAGAAAAGAGGAAAAAAGAGAGAAGAGGGGGAGAAGGAAAAAAAGGAGUGCUCAAAACUUUCACAGCCACCUCGGCGCCAGGAUGGGACAGCUUGCUAUCUUCUAACUCUGAGCCCCCUGGGAAGAGGACCCAACCCACACAACACCACCACCACCAGCACACAUGCCUUUGCAACCAUACUAGAGGACUACUUAGGACUCAGGAGGAACUCGGAACGCAAGGUAAAUAUGGAACGCAAGUUGCUCAACCUUCAUACGUGAGGGAAGAGAACCAGAGGACCCUCCAUCUCCCCCCUCUUCAAGAACAAAGAUGGAUCACGUCCCCAAGGUGUGGCACUCCCAGGUGGUGCCCCUGGACGACGAGCUAGGGUACGCAGGAGGCGGCGGAGGCCCACCACCACCACCCUCCUCGGCCUCCUUCCCGACACCCGAAUGCUCCAUCUGCUACAACAACUACGACAACGUCUUCAAGACGCCCAAGCUCCUGGCCUGCACCCACACCUUCUGCCUGGAGUGCCUGUCGCGCCUCAUGGCCGCCUCGGGGGACCACGCCGACGAGCGCGGCCGCCUCUGCUGCCCCUUCUGCCGCCACCUGACGCCCAUCCCCGAGCGGGGGCCGCCCGCCCUCACCACCAGCCAGGAGGUGCUCAGCACGCUCCCCGUCCACCUGAGGCAGGAGGAGCCCGUGUGGCUGGAGGGGAGCCGGCUGUGCUACCAGAGCCCACCGCCGUCACCGGCGUCCCCCAACAACGCGUCCGCCUUCUGCAUCUGCAUCGACAUCGGGGCGAGUGGGACCAAAGCGGGGGCCGGCGGCGGAGGCGCUGGUGGUGGGGAGACGCCGUCCCAGACGCAGACGCGCGGCACGGGGCUGCUGGACCGCAUGACGGACUGGAAGCGGCUGCUGCUGUUCCUGCUGCUGCUGGUGCUGCUGGUGGUCAUCGUGCUGUGGCCGCUGCAGUGUAUCGUCACCACCGGCUCCAUGCGCUGCCUGCCCAAGGAGCCCCAUCACCCGAGCAGCACCGUCGCCCCCACCACCACCCUCGCCUCCUCAACGCCCUUCCUGAAGUAAGGGUCAUACUGUAGGGGAAAUGGACGACAAACUGCACAAGUGGUUUUAAAUUACCAAGGUGUUCACUGAAAGUGCAUACAGGGUAGAUUGGGCAGCCUACCUUCUCUUAACCAAUGUGGCUGCCCCCCUUCAAAUGCUAAAAGCCCUUCCUUCAUGAAGUAUAGUGAGACUUGAUGGCCAAUAGAGGGGUGCUAUUCAUUUGCAAAUCACAGUUGUCUGAAAGCGCCUUACGUACUAUGCACACUACAGUAUGUCCACACCAAUUUCACCUCCUCCAGCACCGUCCCUUCAUGAAGUAAGACCAAAAACAGGUACUGCAGAGGCGAUUUGCAAUUGUAAAGCACAUUUGAGAACAGCUGGAGUUGACUGAAAGUGCCUCGUCUACUAUGCAUACUAUGCACACUAUACACAGAUGCUUGUCGGGCCCUCCGCUUAUACUCUUCAAGUAAGACAAACAGGCACAAGGCAGUGGUUCAAUUGGCUUUGUAAGGACAAGGAGACUUUCUUUUACUCACAAUGGUCAAUACCUCACUCCAUUGAAUUACCAUAAA